AUGAACGGAUAUGACGCUCUUACGGCCAUAUACUCGGCGCCACAAUAUGUUGCUGCCAUGGCGGCCCAGCAGCUGCAGAUGAAUCUCCAGCAACAACCACAACAACAGUCGCUCCAACAAUACACACAGCCGAAUAUCGACCCACAACUACAACAGAUGCUUGCUGCAGAUUCUAACGCUCUCGUCAACCGAUGGACAUACGCUGAAACACAGCCACCCACCCGCACUGGUUCUCCGCCCACGCCGCCACCCAUCAUUCCUCCUCCUCAGCCGUCGCAAUAUGUCUUCCAAGGACCACCGCACUUCGACUUCCGUCCUCCCCAGGCUGCGUUCACCAUGCCUGAUACCCAACCACGGGUCACGCCACCUCCCCUAUACGGACCCGGCUCUCUUUCAUCGCCCUUUUCACCUACGUCCUUCGGACAGCAGCCUCAAGCAAGCACGUCGUACGCUCCACCACUUCCACCGGCUGGAAGCUCGGAAACACCCCCUCCAGCCACUCCUGACGGCGCAGGCGAACUGGCCCGUAUACACGCCGAGCAGGCUGCUCGUGCCGCAGAAAUAGAGGCGCGCAAGCCGGACUAUCUGCAACGUGCGGCGGCAGGCGGUGCAGCGCCAGGCGCCGCCGUUGGAAAUACUCCUAUGAAAGGCCGACGGAUCGACCUUCUAGCCGGUGGUGGCGGGUUCACGCAUACCAGCGAAGAGAGCUUCGAAGACAGGCUGAUGGCCGGCGGUUACGUCGGUUACGGCUCGACUCCUGGUGCGACGGCACCGUCGGCGCCACAGCCUAGGACGUUUAAUGAAAUACUGUCCGCGCGCGGACAGGCGUCUCCACGUCGUGAGAGCGCGCGUCCCGAGCCGCUGCCUGCGACGAGUGCGCAAGCCGAGGACGAUGAGAACGAGCGACGAAAGAGGAAGUGGCUUACGGCUUUCAGCGAGGGUCGCAAGAAGUCUCGCGCCCAGAUGCACGCCGUUGAUCUCGACAACGUCGGGCGUGUUCUCAUCGACCUCGCGCCCGCGGAGAAGCCUCCCGAGUUACCGCCGGAUGAUACGCCAAAGCGCAAGGGUGGCCGUAGACGUAAGCGUCCUCCGCGGAGGAUGUUCGGUGCUCCAGAGAGCGCUGUGCUACAUUGGCCUGACGAGGCGUUCCCGUGGAGCGUACGCACGAGUGAGAUGCGUUCUGAAGAGAGCGCCGCACAGGAAGACGCGCUGGGCAAAGUCGAGCAUUACCUCUGCUCAGACGACACGGAACCGGAUGCGGACGAAGCGCCGUUUCCCGUACCGUCUAAACGCUCGAUUCAGCUGGAUACAUAUCCGCCUGUCAAGCCGAAGGGAGGGAGAGGCAAGAGUAUACCAAAGAAGGAGGCCCGGAGACGCUCGAUCCUGAUCCCGAGUGACAGCAGCGAUGCGCGUGCCGCCUUGUUGACCAACGGCGCUGUGAGGCGCCUCAUUGAGGCGCGUCGAGCUGAAGGACUGGCGAUCUGUAUAUGCGGCAAGGGCGGGAUCGUGAACAAGAAGCAAGUGCAGUGCGAUGAGUGCGGGAGGUGGUACCAUCUAUCGUGUCUCAGUCUCACCGAGCGCGAUCUCGGCGACGAGUACUUCUGCCCUUCCUGCGUGGAUGACGGUCGCGGUGAUGUUGUCGAAGAACCGCAGCCGCCGCCGACCCUCGUGCGCGACGCGACGAUGAUCAGCAUGCAGUCCAGCACAGAUUCAGACCCGCUUCUGUUCGCCGCGAACAAUCACGAUGAUGGCUAUCCGCGCACACCGAGUCCGCCUACGACGGAACCGUCAAGCCAGCCUGAGCCGCCGCGUACACCAGCGAUGAGCGCCAGUCUCGCAACAAUCUUCGAUCCAUCCAGCACACCCUCUCGCGGCAUACGCGCCAAAGACGGCUCAGGUGUAUGGGCCGCGGCGCGUUUUGGCGGGCCGACAGGAAGCUUCGGUACACCUACCCAGUCGGUGUCGCAGACGCAGGGCCAGGGUAGUGUGGUUGUACGAGCCGGAGCUGGAGCAAGAGGGGGAACGUUCAGCGGGCAAUAUGUGCCGCACGGUACCACCAGUGGUCCGGCGUUGGAUGAUACUCCUGUUGAUCGACCUACCCCGAGGGCGGGAACGAAGCCAACUGUGGCGGAAAGUCCACUCACGGGGAGACCUAGUGUUGGAGGUCCCGGCAGAACUCCGCGAGGGCCUGGGGCGGGCGAUGGAAGUCCGACUUUGAGGGCGGCAGGGGUGUAA